AUAGUACAGAAGAAACCCUAAAGUCGAACAGGUCCAUACCGCGGGGGCGCUGCCCCCGCACCCCCGUCGAGCUCAAUGGUGGGCUACGACCUCCGCUUCCACCACAAAGCUCCAAAUUUUUCUCCAAAAUUAGUUUCACCAAAUGGGUCGCACCGCGAGCUUUUUGGAUCGAGUCAACAAGAAUUCGGGUCACUAACUCUAACAGUAAAAGCAUUGAGAGGUAAAAGCCUGCACUCAUGGAAGGAUGCUUUGAGACUUCAAAAAAUGGGUGAAGGAAAAGAGAUACAAGAAAAAGCAUACUCGGGCAUUGAAUGGUGUUACAAUCAGUUGGAAGGUGAGGAAGUGAAGUCAUUGUUUUUGAUCUGCGGUAUGCUUGGGAAAUUCCACUUCUUUGACGACUUGUUGAAAUGUACAAAGGGCUUGGGUUUGAGUUUGUUUGAAGGCAUCAAUACAAUGGAAGAAGCACGCAGUAGAUUGCAUUCAUUGGUUGAUAAACUCAAAGACUCUUGUUUGUUGCUAGACACUACUAAUAAAGAAGGGCUCAAAAUGCAUGAUCUUAUUCUUGAUGUUGCAAGAAAAAUUGCAUCUAGAAAUCGGCAUUUUUUAUCAUUAAUAGAUGGAGAUGAAUUCAAGGAAUGGCAGAACAAAGAAUUCCUUGAAAAGUGCACCUUGAUAUCUUUCAUUCGGAUCAAUAUUCCCAAGCUUCCUGAACAGUUGGAAUGCCCAAACUUACAAUUAUUCCAUUUGCAUUCUGCAAAAAAAUCACUGCCAAUUCCAGAGAACUUUUUUAAGGAGAUGAAAGAACUCAAAGUUUUAGAUUUAACCAAAAUCCGUAUGCCAUCACUUCCUCCAUCUAUUCAUUUUUUAAAAAAUCUGCAAACAUUGUGUCUAGAUCAGUGCGAAUUGAAGAAUAUAGCCAUGGUUGGUGAACUAAGGAGCUUGGAAAUUCUUAGCUUUGUGGCAUCCAAGUUUAAACUGUUACCCAAUGAAAUAGGUCAGUUGACUCGACUACGGGUAUUGAAUUUGAGUGGUUGCUCUCAACUUGAAGUGAUUCAUCCGAAUGUCAUAUCAAGCUUGAUAAAAUUAGAAGAAUUGGGGAUGAAUAACAACUUCAUCAAGUGGGAGAUUGAAGAUGUCAGUAAUAUCAGUGAAAGAAGCAAUGCUAGCCUUGCAGAGCUAGAGCACUUGUCUAACCUGACUACAGUAGACGUAAAUGUUAAGGAUGCUUUUCAGUUAUCAAUUAACUGUUUCUCUGAAAAGUUGGUAAAUUUCAAGAUAUGUAUUGGUGAUGUUUGGAAUUGGUCUGUAAAAUAUGCAACUUCAAAGACGCUGAAACUUAAGCUCUCUCAAACCAAUCAAUUGGACCAAGGUCUUCAAAAACUAAUGAAAAAGUCUGAAAAAUUGUACUUGGAUGUAUUGGAGGGAGUUACAGAUAUUGUUGAUCAACUUGAUGCGGAUGGUUUUCCUCGACUGAAAUAUCUCCACGUCCAAAAUAAUCUUGAAAUUUUACAGAUUGUGAACUGCUGGAGUUCUUCUCAUAUUGCAUUCCCUAACUUAGAGGCAUUAUUUCUAAGCAACCUUGUGAGUUUGGAAAGUCUAUGCUCUGGCCAACUACCACGUGGGUCUUUUAAACACUUAACAACCAUAGAAGUGGAAAAGUGUCCCAAAUUGAAGAACCUAUUUUCGUUUUCUAAUGUCCUACACUUUUUGCAGCUUCAAGAAAUAAAAGUGGUUGAUUGCAAUGACAUGAAAGUGAUUGUUGAUAAAAAAGAAGAAAAUUUUGAGGCACUAGUAAAUGAUCGCAUUGAAUCUUUUCAAUUACAAUCUUUGACACUACAAAGUCUACCAAAUCUUACUUGUUUCGCCUCAAGUAAUAAUAGAAAUACAGUAAGAUUCGAAGAGAUCAUUCCGUAAUGAGACCAUUGAUCCCAUGGAACUCUUCGGUCAUCAGGAACAGGUUGCGUUCCCCAUGCUUGUUGCGAACUUAACGAGUUUGAUCGUGGAUGGCUGUGGUGGUUUAAGAUUCUUGUCCUCGUCUACCAUGGCCAUAACUUUGUGCAACUCAAAAAGCUUCGGAUAA